UCAUAUUGUGCCAAGAGCCUUAAGCCUGAUUAUAGGGUUUUUCUUUUAAAAUCAUGGAUCAAAGACUGUUCAGAUUGUUCGAGGCUGCAACAAUGGGAGAUGUUGCAGAAUUAAAGGCUUUGCAAAACGAGGAUAAACUUAUUCUCAGGAGAGUGUCUUUGUCGUCUACAGCAGAAACACCACUUCAUGUUGCUUCACUUGCCGGCCAUGUUGAUUUUGUGAGAGAGAUCAUGAAGCGGGUGCCUUCGUUUGCGCAAGAGCUUAACAGGGAUGGUUUUGCCCCAAUUCACCUGGCAACGGCUGCAGGGCACUUAGAAGUAGUGAGGGAGCUUUUGAACAAGGGGGAUUCUGACCUGUGUUUGUUGAAGGACAAAGCAGGGAGAACGCCACUCCACCAUGCAGCCAUGAAAGGGAGGAUCCAAAUCAUAGAUGAGCUGCUAUCAAAGUGUCCUCAUCAAAAAGCCAUGGACCAAGUGACUCCAAACGGUGAAACUGUUUUACACUUGACAGUGAAGAACAGUCAAUUUGAAGCAUUCAAAGUCCUGUUUCAAGCAUCAGAAAAGCUAGAGGAUCAUAAGGGGCGAGUAAAUGCAAAAGAUAAUGAAGGUAAAACAGUCCUUGAGAUUGUAAAUGCCACAAAUCAACUUCAGGUGUUAGAUUUAAUUCGACACCAAAGUGGAGACCAGAUCAUUAUUGUAGAGGAGGAGACACAACUUGAUGGGAAAGUAGAGGGCAAGCAACUUGAUCUGAAAGCAAAGGAUGUAUUUAUAAUUAUAAAAGAUAUCUUUACGGAUAGUUGGGGUAUGUACUUAAAGGAUAAGGACUUGCUACCCGUUAUGGCCGCAAUGAUAGCAGCCGCAACGUUCCAAGCCGGAUUGAAUCCUCCCCCAAUUAUCUGGCAAAAAGGAGUCCAGAUUGAUACCAAAUGCAUUAAUAUUGCUCAUUUUUUUAAGAACUACAUGAAAGAUCCUUUUGGGUUGAACAUAAAAGAUCCUUUUGAGUUAAGAUCGUGCCCGGCUUCAAGAUUCUAUGGUUUCAUGGUGUGCAAUACCCUUGCCUUUGCUUCCUCUCUCGUCCUCAUCCCUUAUCACCAGCAAGCACUGUUGGCACCGAUAAUGAUAAUUACUUCACUUUACACCGUGCUGUACACUUACCUCAUCGUUCUGGGCUCCAUUUUUCCAACCGUAUCUGGCCUUGUAUUUACUGAUUACGUAGUGUCACUUAGCCUUAUUCCUCUUAUUUGCGUACCAUUGGUUGUAAUGCUAAAAAGAUUACUGAAAGGACCAUGAUUGGUGCAUACCCGGAUCCCACACCCGGGUGUGCACCCCACACAUAAAAAAAAAGGUUGGAUUGGGUGAUGGGCAUUUUUUUUUUGUUUAUAUGGGAGGUGCACACCGGGUGUAGGAUCCGGGUGUGCACCCAUCAUUUUCCUUACUGAAAAUAUAUAGAAGCCUACAAAGCAAACGGUGAGUUUGGUUUAAAUGAAUUCCACCAUUGUUG